AAUCGCUCUUUGUGAGUUUGUCCUUGUCGUCGUUUGAGGCAGGGGUAGAAGAAACUGUCGUAGAGCACGAACAUCGAAAGAGAUAACUUGAAGUUUCAAUUUAUAUGAAAAGAACGUUUAAACGGUGGCACGAUUUGUACCAAUCUUUGUGCGUCGUCUAAAUUUUUGUGUACUCGUUUUGUCUCGUGCGACUUAGCAUGCACAGUCGGCCUCGACAUGGAAAGCACUCAAUAUGUACGGACAAAGAACUCUGGUCCUUACUGACGACGUCUUUGGAGAAGAAGAAAGCCAACAAGCGGAAAAGGGAUCCGGAUAUGCUUCGAAACGCCGUGUUGGAACUUACGGUUCAAAGAUUGAACGAGGAGAUAACGGAAAGAUGUAUGAGGAAAGUCAAGCGUCGGAAACAAAACGAAACGUACGAAUGGCAUGGCUCUCCAAAUGGACUUGGGUGGAAUAUGACGGCGUCUUAUCAAGAUGACGAAGAUCUUUUAGGUAUCGACGACUUCUUUCAAAAACUAAGUACUAGUUGUGAAAGUCGGAAAAAUGCUUCUGUGAUUUCAGAUCAUUGAGGUCGCCACUGUUAAGAAGAGUUCGGGAUGAAAGUAACCAGAGAGUUGAAUGUUGAUUAGGUUGUUUCAAUUUAGACUUUUUUAUUGAUAUAAUAUUUCCAUAGUUAGGAAGAACAUUAUCAAACUUUCAAGAAUUUUUUUCGGUGUUUGACAGUUUGAUAAAAUUUUGUACAAUGGGAAACUCGUUAAGUUGUAAAUAUUAUUUAUUUGAUAUUUUUGUAAAUAAAAGUGGAAUUUUUUCAAAUUAAACUAAAUUUACUACUUGAAUAUGAUUUAAUUUUGUCUUGAUUGUUUUCACAGCAACAAGUUAAGUUUCCUCAGCUGACAAGCCAGCUGUGGCAUCCUUGACUCACUCUUGUAAACACAUCAAAAUCUUCUAGAAGGUAUUGGUUAUACAUGAUAACGGCUAAUAUUAAUAGUAAUGUACUUAAUCAUGUGGAGGUCAACUCUUAGAGGAAUAAUGUCUUGUAAAAUGUUCUACAAUCCAGUUUCCAUACAGUUGACUCUGAAGAAUUCUUAAAUUUCAACCUUGUAAAUCUCAUUGUGGAAGAAACUGAACAUCGAUAGAUUAAACUUGGAUAACAGAUAACAAAGAUUUUGAUUUAGUCAUUUCUUUUGAAGCCUGCCUUUGAGGUGAAGAUGAAAGCAUCUGCUGUCAUCCACAGAUGGAAAUGCAAAGACUGACAAUGGUGGAUGAAGAGAUCUGAUGUCACUUG